AUGUUCAAACAUAAAGCUACUGUUACUUUCCCUUUCUUAAAAGCUUCACUAUGUCCAAAUCCAAGCCAACUUUUCCACCUUGCUCAUCUACACAGUCUCAUAGAAAGUUGCAAAUCCAUGAACCAACUUAAGCAAAUUCACUCAGUAAUAGUCCAAAAUGGCCUUAUUUUUGACCCCAAACUCUGCACCAAGAUCAUAGCUUUUUGUUCUGGUAAUGAAUCAGGUGAGAUGAGAUAUGCUCGUUCUGUAUUUGAUAUAAUGCCUGAACGAGGAGUCUUCGUUUGGAAUACGAUGAUCAGGGGUUAUUCAAGGGAGAAUAGUCCUCAAAGUGGAGUGUCAUUUUACAGAGAGAUGUUAAAGAACAAUGUACGUCCGGAUAGUUAUACGUUUCCCUUCUUGCUCAAGGGCUUUACUCGUGAAGUGUCGUCGAAAUUGGGGAGAGAAAUGCAUGCUCAUAUAUGUAAAUUCGGGUUUGAGUUAAAUGAGUUUGUUCGGCAUGGUUUGAUUCAUGUGUAUUGUUUGUGUGGACAAGUUGAUAUGGCUCGUGGGGUUUUUGAUUUGAGUGGUAAAAGUGAUGUACUUAUUUGGAAUGUUAUGAUUUCUGGGUACAACAGGAGCAAGCGAUUCGGAGAGUCAAGAAGACUUUUUUAUGCGAUGGAGGAGAGGAAAUUGCAGCCUACUUUGGUGACUCUUGUCUCGGUUAUAUCAGCUCUCUCGCAGCUUAAGGAUUUAGAUACUGGCUAUCGAGUUCAUCAAUAUGUUAAGGACGGUAAGGUACAGUCUAAUUUGGUGUUGGACAAUGCUUUAGUAGACCUGUAUGCGGGUUCUCGAAAGAUGGAUGUUGCACUUGGCCUAUUUCAGAGCAUGAAGCAUAAAGAUGUUAUAUCAUGGACCACCAUUGUUAAAGGUUUCGUUAAUGUUGGACAAGUUGACGUGGCUCGGAAAUAUUUUGAUCAGAUGUCAGAGAGGGAUAACAUUUCUUGGACAGCAAUGAUUGAUGGAUAUGUCAAAGAAAACCGAUUUAAAGAUGUGUUAAUGCUCUUCCGCGAAAUGCAAGCAGCAAAGAUACGACCAGAUGAGUUCACUAUGGUUAGUAUCCUUACCACCUGUGCACAUCUUGGGGCUCUCGAACUUGGAGAGUGGAUUAAGGCUUACAUUGACAAUCACAAGAUUAAGGUUGACAUACAUUUGGCUAAUGCUGUCAUAGACAUGUACUUUAAGUGUGGGAAUGUGGAGAAGGCAUUGAUGAUGUUUUCUACAAUGCCUUGUAGGGAUAAAUUCACGUGGACGGCCAUGAUUAUCGGUCUUGCAACUAAUGGGCAUGAAAGAGAAGCUCUAGAUAUGUUUUUUGAGAUGCUGAGAGCUUCAGAAACACCUGAUGAUGUGACUUACAUUGGUGUGCUUAGUGCUUGUACUCAUAUGGGUAUGGUAGACGAAGGAAAAAACUUUUUUGAUAGCAUGACCUCUCAGCAUGGCAUUCAACCUAAUGUUAUACAUUAUGGCUGUAUGGUUGAUCUUCUUGGUCGAGCAGGGCGCUUGGAGGAAGCUUAUGAGGUUAUAAAGAACAUGCCAGUGAAACCAAAUUCAAUUGUUUGGGGAGCUCUUCUUGGUGCUUGCAGAGUUCACAAGGAUGUUCAAACGGCUGAAAUUGCAGCUCAGCAACUUCUUCAGCUAGAGCCUGGAAAUGGGGCCGUCUAUGUUCUCUUGUGUAAUAUAUAUGCAGCUUGCAAAAAAUGGGAAAACUUGCACGAAACGAGAAGAAUAAUGACAGAUCAUGGAAUCAAGAAGACGCCAGGUUGUAGUCUGAUAGAGAUGCAUGGAAUUGUUCAUGAAUUCGUUGCAGGGGAUAAGUCUCAUCCUCAAUCUAAAAGCAUAUAUUCGAAGUUGUUCGAGUUGAUUGAAGAAUUAAAGUUUGCAGGCUACGUUCCUGAUACAUCAGAGGUUUCUCUCGACAUAGGAGAAGAGGAGAAAGAGAACUCCCUUCAUCGACACAGUGAGAAGUUGGCGAUUGCAUUUGCUCUAAUCAAUACCCAACCUGGAUCUACUAUUAGGAUAGUGAAAAACCUUAGAAUAUGUACAGAUUGCCACCAUGUAGCAAAGUUAAUAUCAAAACUUUACAAUAGGAAACUAAUUAUUAGAGAUAGGACCAGGUUCCACCAUUUUGUACAAGGUUCAUGCUCUUGUAAAGAUUAUUGGUGAUCUUC